UUACUUUCGAACGUGACUACCACGGCGAAUUGGUAAUCGAUCGCGAACUAGUAAGAGCUACUGAUAAUGCAAUAAAUGAAGAAAAACAAGAAUAUAUAGAAGAAUCAGAUGAAGCUACAAAUAUAGGA